UGAGGGAGCGCGGUACAGAGCGAAACAUGUUGCCGUUAUCAUUGUUAAAAACUGCUCAGAAUCACCCAAUGUUGGUGGAAUUAAAGAAUGGUGAAACAUACAACGGUCAUUUAGUGAGCUGUGACAACUGGAUGAACAUCAAUCUAAGAGAAGUUAUUUGUACUUCACGGGAUGGUGAUAAAUUUUGGAGGAUGCCAGAGUGCUAUAUACGUGGAAGCACAAUUAAAUAUUUGCGGAUCCCUGAUGAAAUUAUUGAUAUGGUAAAGGAGGAAGUGAUGUCAAAAGGCAGAGGUCGUGGAGGCAUGCAGCAACAAAAACAGAUGAAGGGUAGAGGAGCCGGUGGAGCUGGGCGAGGUGUCUUUGGAGGGCGAGGCAGGGGAGUCCCUGGUGGAGGUAGGGGCCAGCAAGACAAAAAGCCAGGCCGGCAGUCUGGGAAACAGUGAUGUCUUGAUACUGCUGUCCUUUUGCCAGAGACAUUCGUUUAGUAUCGACUGUAUGGUCACGCCUCAACUCUGCAAAAUAUUUAAAAUGUUAGUCUCCCAACUCUCAGCACACCAGCAAUUUUCAAAAGAACUGCAUUUUUUUCCUGUUCACUCCUCCCUCCUUCCACAAUGUAGAACCCACUUAAAGAGGCAUGUCUCCUGUAAGAGAGGACACAAGCCAGAUCCAGAUGUCAAAACAUGAUUAACGCCAUUUAUUUCUGUCUGUCUGUGGGAGGUCUUCACAUCCUAACCUGCAAAUGAACUUAGCCCAUGGCAUCAAAAGGUCAUUUGGGCUAAACUCCAAAAGCAAGGGGGUUGGGGUGUGUAGUGAGAAGGGUACACAUCACUUGUAACAACUGUGCAGCAUAAGUAUACCGGCUUGUCAGCAAAGCUAGUUUGAAGUCAACACAUUUGAACUUCAUUAUGAUUUAACCACUUCUCUGCCAUAGCUAGGUGAAGGAGAUAAUUGCAGUGCAAUGUAGCCAUGCCUCCUAAAUAAAUGUGAAAUCUCUCAGAAAUAUUUGGGGACUGUUGGGAGAAGGAUUUUUUUUGGUCCGUUAAAUUAUGUUUGCAUAUGAAAAGGUUAAAUGGCUUUCACAGAUACAUUUUCAAAGUGUAAUACAAUACCCUCUAAGAAUGGAGAAUCUAUAUAGCAAUUUGUGACUGGCACAGUAGAUGUAUAUGAGUGAUUAAGCAUUCAGCUUUUUGGCUAAUUUCAUAAGCCCAAGUCCCAGGAGGGCUGCAGUUUGCUGAAUAGAUGCCCCCAUGGAGAAUAUAAAAAGCACAUUUCUCCACUUGUAUCUGGUUAUGGAAUGUUCUAAAUGAGUAGAGGUUACAGUUCCUCAAUUGCAUUGGAUUUGUGUUCAAAUAUUUUGGUGUAGCCAUGGUUACUAUUGAGCUGAUGAUUUUGUGCUUUUUUUUUCCCUCUCACAGAAAAUUCACAUUUUUGUCCCUCAAAGAAAUUGGUGUUUUCUAAAACAGCCUUAUUUUUUCUUUUACACACUUGUAUAAUGCACUUAAAAAUCUGGUUGGCUGCCUUUUUUCACUUUUUAUGUUUUUUGUUUAGUUGUCUGGUAAAAGACUAUGAUUCACUUAAGAAAAAAAAUGGGCAGAAUAUUGAGAGGAAAUUAGGGGAAAAAAAAAUGUGUGUUUUGUUCUGGAAAACCUUUUCUUGUUACAAAGAGUAUAAGAGUGCUGUGACACCUUUUUUUUUUCUUUAAAAUAAAAUAUUAGCAAUGAAAA